AUGAUGUACUGCAUGAUAUUUGCACCGUUCACAAGAAAAGACAACCAUGGGAGACCUGUAGCAUUUGGUGCAGGCUUAUUAUCUAAAGAAAAUGCUGAUUCCUUCUCAUGGUUGUUUGAAUGUUUUGUCAAAUGUAUGGGCUGUGCACCAAAAUUGAUCAUUACUGAUCAGGAUUUGGGAAUGAAGGUUGCUGUGGAAAGAGUCCUUGUUGAUACAAGACAUCGAUGGUGCAUGUGGCACAUCAUGUUUAAGGUGUUGGAAAAGUUACCAAAGAAUCUACUUGGCAAUGAAGACUUGAAAAAGGAGUUAAACAAUUGUGUGUGGUCUGAGUUAAUAGAGCCUGAAGAAUUUGAUGAAGAAUGGAAUAAAGUAAUGGAAAAAUAUGGGCUUAAGGACAAUGAGUGGUUUUCCUCGAUGUUUGCCUCACGAAAAUUUUGGGUGCCUGCAUUCUUUAGGGAUUUUCCAAUGAGUUCACUAAUAAAGACCACAUCAAUAUCUGAAUCUCAGAACAUAUUCUUCAAGAGGUACUCCAAGUCUCGUUCUAAUCUUGUUGAAUUUCUUAUGAAUUACAACAAUGCAUUGGAUGGACAAAGGAACAACAGCAAUAUGCUAGAAUACUUGGAUUUUAACACAAUUCCAACUUUGAAAACAAAUUCAGCCCUCGAGAAGCAUGCUUCGACAAUAUAUAGUGAUAGUGGUUUCAAACUAAUUCAAAGUGAGAUUGAGGUAGCAGUUGACAAUGUCACUAUGGUGACAGUGUCAAUCAUUGGUGAGAAUGAGAUUUAUGUAGUCAACGACAAAUUCUCGAAGAACUGA